CUCUGAUCCGAUCUGGUUGGAUUCCGCAACAAAAAACAAAAAAACUCAGCCGCCCCGCUACGUGUGUGACCGGAUUGUGUGUUGACAUUUGGAUGAAAGCAAAAUGAAUCCUGGAUAUAUUUGGUGUUGAAGACGGAUCGGAUCGGCCGCAGAGAGUUACACUUUGGAUGGAGUGCUUCUCUUUAUCCAAACACGGCCCAGAGGCGCUGAGGGGGAUCGGAAUCCACCGGUGACACGAGAGCACAGAGGCUCGUUACGCGCAGUGUCCAGCCUGCUGCGGCUUUAUCACAAUAACCACCAGGAUUGUUUCAGAGAGUGGAUGAGAAGUGCUGCCAGAAAGAGACAACAGCAAACUUUCCCUCGUUCAGUCGACUUUGAAGAAACAGUCCCACCAUGGCGAAGAAGUAUGAUUUCCUCUACAAAUUGUUGCUCAUCGGGGACAGCGGAGUGGGGAAAACUUGUCUGAUCAUCCGCUUAGCCGAUGACAAUUUCAACUCCACGUACAUCUCCACCAUCGGCAUCGACUUUAAAGUAAAAACCAUUGAAGUGGGUGGAAAGAAAGUCAAACUACAAGUCUGGGACACAGCCGGACAGGAGAGGUUCAAGACCAUCACAACGGCCUACUACAGAGGAGCCAUGGGCAUCAUCCUGGUGUACGACAUCACAGACGGCAAGUCCUUCGAAAACAUCCAGAACUGGAUGAAGAGCAUCAAAGAAAAUGCCUCAUCUGGGGUCAAUCAAAUGUUACUUGGCAAUAAGUGCGACAUUGAAGCAAAGCGGAAAGUUUCCAAGGAGACGGGAGAAAAGUUGGCAAAAGAUCAUGGCAUCAGGUUCUUUGAGACCAGUGCGAAGUCUAGCAUCAACGUGGAUGAGUCUUUUCUCGCUUUGGCAAGCGACAUACUACAGAAAUCCAGCAAGAAACCGGGCCCCACAGGUCGAGAGGUGAAAAUCACAAGCAGGACAGAAAGAAAAUCUUCCAAAUGCAUUCUUCUCUAGAUAUGUCACUGGCCAGCACACAUAAGAAAGAGCGUACACAUGUUAAGAGUGCAUCAGUUCAGGGGGAGAGUACAGCAGGUGUUCUGUCUCCAUCUGGUGGUUUUGCAUAUCAAAUACAUACGGGUGCUAAAACUUUGUUUUGACACAAAUUACUUUGGACCCCCAAAAGCGUACUUUGGCAGAGACGACUGUAUUCCUCCUUCAAGCUCCAAUUGUAUUAAAGUGACUGUGCCUGUAUUUCGCAUUGAACAUAUAUACUGCCGUAUCUCCAGCGAUAUGGUUUUUGUCAUAAAAUUGUUGCACAAUCGGGGUCCUAAAUGACUCCAAACUUAAAACACAGCAUUUCCCUUGGCAAUUCCCACCAUGUUUAGUUAAGCUGUACAUUUCUGUUUUUCUGCCUUGUCUUUCUCUGGCUUAACACCACAUGUUCAUCCCUUCAACAGCACGACUUACUGUCUUUAAGGACCUUUCGUUUUGUCUUUAGAACGGGGUCGCUUUGUCAAAAUCAAACCAAUCACAAUGUAAUCACAACAGCUUUUAAGGGCUCAACAGCAAAGGAAAAGUUUGAUGGAAAGUAUUUUGAAAUACUUUGAAAUACUUGACAUAAUUGCUGAAUUGAUAAAUGAAGUGGUAACACUUAUGUGGUUAAUGAUGCACUUUCACUUCCCAAAUGUAAUGAUUUAUUCCAUCAAAAGCAUCCAAAUCGUGUAGUAAGAGAGGGCGGAGAAGCCUUACGUCUCUCCACAUUUUAGGGAUGUCAGAGUGAAAAAAUAAUUAAUAUUGACAACAUGUGUACUUACAUUAUGUUUAUAUUGUGCCUAUCCUUUGAGAAUUGCUGAACUAUUUAAAUUGUGGACAGUAUGUUAAUCAAUUUAACAGAACCUCCUGUACCGGAUGACAUUUUGUGUUAAACCGUUGGUGGGGAUAUGAGAAGUUGGAAAAAACUCUCACUUCAUUAAUGAAUUAAACAAGUUCAGGGAUGCAUGGAGUUGAACUGAAACAAACACUAGUCGGGUACAUGUUCGUUUUAACAGAUGAAUGGGUUGAGAAUGUGGACGAUAGGAACAGAGAUCAGUGCAAUAUGAGAAGUUGAGAGAUGACAGAAUGAUAUAAAGCAAGUUAAUGGACAGGAUGUGUGGGAAACAGCAGUGCUCACAUGACCCUCACUCUGAAUUGAUUUAGUGGGUCAUGCCUUUUAUCUGAAGUGCCUGUUUGAUCUCUUUUAACUCAAGACAGUUUCUCCGUUCAGGCAAUUUCAGAUCAUUCAAAAUGUCUCUGAUUAGAGGUGCUUCUCUGAUCCAGACUUGUAUUUCCUGUAUCUGUUUAUAAAAAAUAAUUUAGUGUCUUUUUAGACACGCCACAAUACUUUUUGUGUAGUUUACAUACCUGCACUUGCUUAAUAAAAAUGAUAAACAAUAAAUCUGAUGUGUGUUCUGU